UGAGAGGCUGGUGUUCCAGGAGGAGGCACUGAGCACGCUCCAUAAAUUACUGACCCAAGACUUGCAAAGGUACCAGGAAGAGAUAGUGAAACUGACCCAUUUCACACAGAAAAUACUCGGAAAACCCCACAGGGCAGACAGAGAGGAAACCUUUACCAACAGGCAGAGCGAAACCAGCAUGCAGGGAAAGAACGAGACAGAAAACAACAUGAGCCCUAUUAUGGGAGCUGAACGAGUCCAAAAGUCGGCUUCGAUGGAGGCUCUGGAAUCUUCAAAGUCAAGUCCAUCCACACCAAUCAGUGCCAGUCAAGAUGGAAGUUCUAUUCCCAGUAUCAAUGUGACUCCACCCUUCAAGGAAACCAUUCAGAAUGGAGUUGGACCAGUUCAGAAAGGUUCCAGAACUACUCAGAUAACAUCAAGAAUCAAUUUUCCACCAGGGGACGGUGCUGAGUCCAGAAGCCAAACAAACACUGGUAGAGACUCAGUGGCUGACUCUGGAAUGGGAUCGGAGUCAGAACUGGAUUCACACAAGCAGCUGGACAGCCCAUCAGAGGAGGGACCCUCCAUGCCCAAAGCAACGAUAAUCAGCCAGAACCCGAAAUAUCAGCUGUACCUCAACAACGAUCUGAAGACCAACGGGUUCAGUGGCAGAGAUGUAGAUGGUCCAGGAAGCGGCGGAGGAUCAAUCGGGGAGAAUGGCCCCAGGAUGUCCCGAUGGGAGAGCACCCGGAUUGGGGCCAACCAUUACAAAGGGUCCCUGGAGUGUUUGGCCUCACGAGAUUGGGACACUAUGUCUGACAGGAUGGGUGUUGUUGACAGCCCCCCCAGAGUGUUUAACAGUCCAUACUCUCAAGCCACCUCUUUGGAUUACAACCCCCCUUAUCGAAUGUCUGAAAAGGGUAAACUGUCUCCUGCCACCUCUGAGAUGAACCUGUACACCUAUAACAGUCGCAGCACGAGUCCGGUGGGCAUACAGACGCCGACCCUCAUCUCCCCCCGCCCCCGUUUCUCCACCUACGACACUCUGAGGAGGAGGACGGAGGUCAACAACAUGGUGGUGCCCACACACUACAGCAUGCGCUCUUCCACUCUGGGAGCACCCAAUAAAAAAGACUACAUAGCAGAACUGACCAAACAGCUGGAAACCAUACAGAGACGCAACCAGUUCCUGGAGGCAGAGAGUGUGGAGAUGGAGAAGGAGAGGAACCAGAUCAGGUUUGAGAUGCGCGGCCUGCUGGUGAACAACGAGGACCUGCUGAGAACAAACACACAGCUGAACAACGAGCUGAAGCGGCUGAGGGAGCAGAUGAUAGAGAUGGAGAGAGAAAAUCAGUCCGUGGGGGAGCGGUUCAGAGAGAUGGAGAUUGAGGUGAAGCAAGCCAGAGAGGUGAUGGUGGAGGCCAACACUCAGGAGUACGCCUUCAACUUCCUUGAGCAGUCGCUCAAAAAUCGGAUCCAGGAUGCUGAGGAAAAUCUGGACAAGCAGACGCAACACGCUCAGACUCUGGCUGAGAAGUUGUGGCUGGCAGAGAGGCAGCUGGAAGACGUGGAGAGUGACAAAGAAAGCAAAGACAAGAAGCUGUCUGACCUCAGCAACACCAUCCUCAGGCUGGAGACAGAGCUGGGUGAGGCCAUGGCGGCAUCCACUCAGGCUAAUGCAGAGAUGAACCUGCAGCAAAAGCUGCGUGAGGAUGCCCAGAUGAGGUUGGACGAGCUGGAGGAGUCCCUGCUGGAGAAGGAGCAGGAAGUGCAGAAACUGCAGACCCUCGUGACCAAACUGCAGGGAGAGGUCUCUGGUAAGCUGUUCGAUAGAGAGCGUUCGCUGGAGGAGGAGAUUCAGCUGAGAGAGAGGCUUCAGCUGCAAUGUAAGCAGGCAGAAAGGACUGUGGACGACCUCACCAUGGAGCUGCACAGUACGAACCAAACCAGAGACGACCUGGCCAAACAGCUCAAACUGGCUCAGGAGAAGCUAAUCGACCUGGAGAGCGAUCUGGAGGAGCUGCAUGACAGCGAGCAGAGAUGGGCCGCCAAGCAAAAGAGAGCCAUCGAUCAGACCGAGCAGCUGCAGCUGAAGCUGAUUCAGGAGAAAGAUUUGAACGAGCAGCUGGAAGUUGAGAAAGUGUCAAUGGAAAGACAGCUGCGUCAGCUUCGUCUGGAGGUGGAGGAACUGCGGAGCAACAGAGUACAGGAGGAUGUCAUCUCUAAGACGGAGAUCAGAGUCAAGGAACUGGAGAACUCACUGAGGGUUGAGGAGAGGAACAAAGCAACUCUGGCAAACACCAACAGUAAGCUGGAGAGGAAGAUCAACGAGCUGAGUGAUCAGAUGGAGGAGGAGCACCGGAUAGCUACUGAACAGAAAGACCUGAUGACCCAGAGGAUCCGCUCUCUGAAGCGCCAGCUGAAUGAGGCCGAGGAGGAGGCAAGCAGGAAGGAGGCACAGUACCGGCACACCCAGAGAGAGCUGACUGAGGAGAGGGAAACAACCAGCCGCCUACAGAAGCAGCUGCUUGACCAACACCUGCAGACCAAGCGUAAGGAGACCAUGACAAUCCGUCAGACUCUGGAUAACCUGAGGUUGGACCUCAGUGACGACGACGAUGAUCUGACACUGGAACAUAGUACAAAUGUCACCAAAGUCUAAAAACCCCUCACUCUAAAUUCCCUCAGCGGGAACAGUGUAUAACCAAAUGAGAAGAUUUCUUUUUCCUUCCAGGCUUUAUUGUUUGUUUGUUUUUAAACACGAAAUGUCUACAGGAUAGUCACUCUUUAAUACCAUCAGGAAAAUUACAUUUCUGAAAAUCUGAAAGGACAAAACAAUCCUGCAUGUAAAUGCACCACAAGUCCUGUACUUUACUGUGUUAGCGCUGUUGUGCUAAAAGCUGAAAAGCAAUUUUUUCCCUUUACAUGCCGUGUGUGCUAAAGUGUGAUUCUCUGCCCACAUUUUAAAUGUUAAUUCAAAGGGUAGUAACUGUUGUUUGUCUUACCUGGGAGUGGCCCAGUGAAAACCAUUUCUCAAGCGUCUCCUAAAAAGCUUGUGGACUUGAUCGCCCUCUUCUGUUUAUCAGGAAGAAAUUCAACCGUCUAAAGUGAACGACAGAAUCACCUGGUGGACUUUCUGCCUCCCUGUUCUCCUUAAAGCCACAAUCUGCUUGUUUGCCAAAGAAAAUAAACCUACAGGAGUUUGCUGCAGAGACAUGUUGACACUUAUACUGCAAAAGAUGUAACUGCUGUGACAUCACCCACCUAUCAUUCAGAGCAGUCACACCCUUAAACAAACUUGCUUUAAAUUUUAAUAAGUUAUGCAAGUUGCAAGUUAUGCAAAAAAAAGUUUUAAACUCAUUUCUGAGGGAAAGCCAGUCCCAAAUGGCCAUUUAAGGAACUGCAGUUGAGGUUGCUGCUUGAUAUCGACCCAUAUUACGGAAAUAUUAUUGUUUAGAGUGCUGACAUAAUAGGGAUUUGAUUAAGGUGUAGUUUUGAAUCCAGUUGUUCCACCCAAGUCUUUUAGAAUGAGCUUUAAACCAGUAAAUGUUCUAAAUUAUCCAGGUGCACAAAUGUUCUAAAGACUGGUGAUGAUGGGAAAGAGGACUUUUUCAGAUCCCAGAACGCAAAUAAUGAUUCAAAGAAUCAGAGCUCUCCAAUCUCUCAGCUUUUGUAUUAUUUGAUGGCUCUUUAAUGGCAGUUCUUUCCUAAAGAGGGUUUUUUCUACAUUCAUACAUGCAGUAUUUGGAUUUUGACAUAUUAGAAGAAAUAGCAAGAUAAAUCUGGUACAUGUGGGGGAUCUUUAAGUAACUGUGUAAUUCAAAUCAAAGCCCAUUAAGCAAUUAUUUAUAUGAAGUGUGUGUAUGUGUGUGUGUGUGUAUUAUGUUUGAGAUUUUCUUUUUUUAAUAAUUUCUUAGUGGGGAAAGUUUUUAUUUUAUAGAAAAAAAAUACAGGAGGACUUCAGAGUUGAGUUUUGGGUAGUUUGGGUGGUUUGCUGCUGUAUAGAUAUGACCUAUUGCGCCUCCUGCAUGUUGUACCUGUACAUGAGAUAAGUUUCAAGGCUAAGAUUUAUUUCAAAAAGAGGACAAAACGAAUGAGGCGUUUACUCUGGUCAUUUUUAAACAUGUAAAAAUGUGUUGUAUUGAGGAGGGAACAAAGAUUACGUAUGCAGAAAUGAGUUUGAUUCACAAAAGAAAAUCCUUUUUUCCUAGGAUUACCUCAACUACUUUCUAAUUUAUAUAAAAAGUCAAGAUUCUGUUAUGAGACAGGAAAUCAGAACUUUAACCCAAUGUUUCUUUUGCACACUCGCUGAAAAAUUACAACAUUCUGAUCUCGUAACUUACCUUUGUAAUUUUAUAGUAAUGCAUUUUUUUCUUUUGUGAAUGCAAUCUUAAUUCAUGUAUGUAUUCUGAUUUUAGUUUAAUAUUCUGCAUAAUUUAAUUUGGAGGAUAGUUGUUUUGUUUUUUAAGAAAACCAAGCAUUCAGACAAAAGCAAACUAGAUUGUUGAAUUAAAAUCAAGAGUGGAAUAUUAAGCAUAUUUGACAGUCAUUCUUAGAUAUCGGUAAUAUGCAAAAAGUAGUUUGAAGGAUGUCUGUUAGAAAUAUAUUAAAAGCUAAUAUUCACACAGUUUUAAUUCCUUGCUAUGUUUACAUUUUUUAUGUUUUUAGCUUGUUUGGAAAGAGGAGUUUAAAUCACAAGUUUUGUUUAGGUUGCUGUAUCUCAGCUAUAAUAACUACACUACUGGAUUUUUUUCCCUCGUAGCAAAAGAAAAUGAGGGUAUCUACAGAAAUGUAAAAAGAAACUAAAUAUGCUGACUUAUUUUUGUAACUAUACUUCACAUGGUUCCACUAUUCUUGGGUAUUUAUUUUUCCACAUUUUCUCUUUUGGUGAGAAGUUUCUUACUACAAGAUAAAAUAAAUUCUUCUGCACUGUGAA